GGAGUUUAAUUGCUGUAGAUUAAUGUUGUUUGUAUGAAUUAAUACAUUUUCUAAACAGUCUGAUUCAUUUUAUUACAGCUUAAGUAGCCUAUCCACUGUUAUUGAAGAGUUGUUUAUUGACGCUUGAGGUAUAGGCCAGGCCUAUUGCUUUUAUUUCAAUUGAGCGGCAUAAAGCCUGAAUAAGUGAUACACUUUAUCACCAUGUCAAAUGUAAUUUUCAGCUGUAAUCAAAACUGUGGAAACGCCAACCGGAUGCUUCACAUUGGCUCAUUGUUCUAUCUGUGGUAGCAGUAUGCAAAUGACCGGCUCUAUCGCUGAUGCAAUUCGUUCAGCAAACGUUCAGCAAAAAAAAUCAAUUCAAAAAUAGCCAUUCCUUCGUCAACGAUCCAUUACUAUUCCCGGUUGGUUCAACGUAAUUUCAUUGAAACAACGUUGAUUCAACUAGUGUGUGCACAGUUUUCUAGCUGGCACCAUCCAUCAAUCCAUCCAAAACGUCACCUUUUCAAACUUCAGUGCCGUCCGCGCUUUGCAGGUCUUACCCGCGCCCCCUCCUAUCUUCCCCAUUCUCCCGCUUGACAACAGCGGGGAGAAUUGGACCAUGUGCCAUGAAACGUGCCCACGGCGGGGCUGUGGGAAAGUUCGGGGAAGAGAGAACCCACACAUUGUCAUGGUAAUGUCGGUGGGUCGGGGUGUUGGGGGCGGGAGGCUGUGGUGCUUAACACCCACACGGGGAGAGUACUUUUACUCCUGUUUCUAUUCUAAUUUAUUUCACUCAAUGUUUCUCCAUUCGUUACCUAGCCAUUAAAACAGUACAAACGGAGUUCUGUGUGUGGGUAGCCUUCAACUGCCAGAAGUCAAAUCUAGCGUCAUUUGGUUAAUUGCGUGCAGACUGCCCACGGGAGAUUAGGACACCGAUAGUGUGGACUGUGAAACUGAGCUAUCAGUUGGUCGGCUGGUUUGGUGCGCGCUCUGCAGCGCGAGGAUGACGGCCUCCAACAUGGAACAUGGAGGAAAUGCUCCCGAGAAGAACUUUAACGCCAAAGAUGAACGAAAGCUGCGGAAGCCUCUGAUAGAGAAGAAGAGGCGGGAGCGAAUCAACUGCAGCCUUGAGCAGCUGAAGGGGAUCAUGGUGGACGCCUAUAACCUAGAUCAAUCUAAACUGGAGAAGGCUGAUGUACUGGAGGUUACUGUCCAACAUAUGGAGGGUCUACAAAAGGAUCAUGGUACUGGCAUCCCUGCUGGUCCCAGCGUCGGGUUCCAGUCCCGGCAGCGCUACAGCAGUGGAUACAUCCAGUGUAUGCAGGAGGUCCAUAACCUGCUCCUGGGCUGUCCAGACAUGGACAAGCCUCUAGGGGCCCAGCUCCUCAAUCACCUCCUUAAGUCUCUGCCCCACAUCAGCUCAGAGACUGGGCCUGGAAACACUGGUGGCAAUGGGCCUAAUCGGACCCCAACAAGGCCUAUCACUGGUGGGGUCAAUGAGACUCUGAUAAGGGCCAUUGGUAAUUGUAACGGUAGAAUUUGUAGUAGUAGUGGUGCUAGUCCCAAUUCUGGACCUGGAUCCCCUCCACAGUCUCCGCUUUCACUGCCUUCUGGAGGAGUAGGUCUAUUCCGACCUCGCUGUUUACAGAUGAAUCAUGCCUCGCCGCCGUUGACCCCGCUCCAUGCCCCCCACAGGCAGGUGCAUUCUGGGAGAGAUGGGAGGGAGCAGCUGCCUGCCUCCUCCCCUUCUAGCUCACCCAAACUCCCCCAGCCAGGGGUGUCUCACCCCGCCCCCCUGCCCCCUUUCUUUGGCCCUGUGGGAGACCCCUCUAUGUGGAGGCCUUGGUGAAAGAGCACACACACACACAUUUCAUCACUUUAGGACCCCUGAGUUUUUCCUCACCCUAUGAUCUGAGUGAAAAAAUGCCCUAUUGGCAGCAGACCACCUAGGGCCGGGGGUUUUCCCAGUCACCUCAUGCUGUGGUCAGGAAAAACUCAGGGACUCUUUGUUUUUCAUCUAAUUCCAUCUCAUGGAAUCGCUCAACUCUGUUGUUCCUGGAUUUAGUGCAGAAGUCAGGAGAUAAAGAUCUGGGUGGAUCUACAAGUUUCACUUCCUGUAAAAUUUAAUCCAAUAUGUUGUAGUGUGAUUGACAGAUGCAUCAGCCCUCUAGGAACAUGUCUGUCGUGUUCUGCUAUAUUAACUGCAUUGCCAGCGGUUCUAUGGUCUCAUUUUUCGUUUAUAUGCUUCACAUUUUAGACAAACAAAUAUUUGUAUUUUUUUAUGAGAUUGGCCAGAAGUAAGCAUCGUUUUUACAAUUUUGUGUUUUCUACCAAGUAUUUCGCUGGUGUUCAUUUUAUGUUUUCAAUGUGUAGAAAAUGGUCACAGAAUGUGGAAUUUGUUUUGUCACACACUGAUGAUAAAUUGAUUGAUUCAUUUAUUAAACAAAUUUGAUUAAUUGAUUCAGAUCUAAUGUUUGUAAUUACAAUGAAUUGCUUACUUUUGAAAUGUUUUCAUCCUUGUAUAUUACAAGAAGAUUGUCUGUUUCAUAUUGAAACAGCUAAAAUAAAGUGUGUGCUGGAUCUUUGUUCUUCAGAAUUGAAUAAAACGGCAUUAAAACAAUAGUAAA